CGAUAUUUCGUUCCUUCCGUCAAGGAAUCCACGAGCACUCCCGCAACAACAAAAAAUCUCUCCUCCCGCAUCCACCUUUUGGACCGAAUCGACUUCGCCCCCUCCGAAUCGAUCCGAUCCGAUCCAUCACUUUGCGAGGAAUUUUUUCUCUUCAAGUUCUUCUUGACACAGUCAUUCAUUAUUGAAUUUCUGCGAUCCGUCACAGCACCCCCAGUCGAAUCUGAGAUUCGGUAUCCGAGCGAUCGUUCCAGUUGCCGCAGUUCGACCACCUCCCGACACCGACGUCAGCUUCGUUUCGACACGGUUCUUCAUCAACGCUACUUUCUUCACGAACAGACGCGCCACGACGAGAUUCCACAUAUGACUUCGACUGCCAGCCCUCAGUCCAACCCGGCGCCCACCCCCUCUGCUGCGACUUCGGCUCCUUCAUAUGCUUCCGCUGCCGGUGCGAAUAAGAAGCAAGCCUCAACGCCGCUGAUUGCGACGGGAUCCAACCCACCUGUGGUGGUCGGUGGCUCCUCUGCGCAAAAUGCAAAGCCGUCUGCUCCGUCACCUGUAAAUGGACGUCCUCCCAUCACACCUGCUGUGCCUGCUGCCCCAGCAGUCGCCCACGGCUCUUCCGCCAACAAUAUGAACGGAAGCGCGCCUGAUCACGCUCGUAAGAGCUCCGUUACUCUUAGCGCCAACGGCCCCAACAGCUUUGCUCCCAACGGCGGCUCUGUCGGUGGUGCCAAGCCCGGAAUUCAGUUCGGAUACAACUCCCCUGCUGUCGCGCACAGCAUCCCUCAAACCACGGCUGCUCCGAUCCCCAUUCCCGGAUCCAACCAGAGAGUGCCCUCUCCCGCGCACUCUCCUUCCCCUAUCCCUCAGCCGUCUGCCAGCGGCGGCCGUCCUCCCUCGGGCAUGGCUCAACCCAACGCGAUGACCUUUGGCAGUCUCGGAAGCGAUGGCGAUCGCCACAUGAGACAAGCCUCUACUCCUCAGAGCCAGGCCGCUCUUCCUGCGAUGCCCGGCUCGCAUAUUCGACGGGAGUCCGGCGUUUCCCAGCACAGCGACGCUCCUGGCCCUAACCAAGGCCCGAACCGUGGAGGUUUCCAACCCCAGGGCGGCCGUGGCCGUGGCUUCAACCCUCACCAACCCCCGUACCAGGCCAACAUGGGAUUCCCCCCGAACCAGCAGCAAUACCGAAACGGCCAGGGCCGUGGCGGCAUGCCGCCUGCCUUCCACCCCGGAAGGCCAAUGCAACCCUACCCGAACUCGCCUCAGCCGGCCCGAAGCCCUGCUCUGGCCCAUUCCCAACCUGGAACCCCGAACAUGCCUCCGGCGCAGAUGCAUCCAAUGCCGAUGCCAGCUCCCUCUCCUCAGUACUACCAGCAGGGGCCGCCUCCCAAUGUAAUAUCCCCUCCCUUUCAAGAUGUUUCUGUUCCGUCGACUUUGGUCACGUCUUUCGUUCCGUCUUUCAAGAGCAAAAAGAAGUCUUUCAAGCAAUGGGAGAAGUCUUCCCAUUUGAAGUCGAGACACGUGGAUUCCUCGCAUGACCUGCCGUUCGACUCCGGCAGACCUCGGCGCCACAGCAAGUAUGGGGAGCAACUUUGGGCCGACCGUGACGGUUUGACCUCGGGUUACUGUUCUGACUUGGGCGAAUUUGGUAUCACCGAGCUGGCUUAUAUGCCGACUGAUCCCGGCGGCCUUUUUCAUCUCUCUCGUCCCCCAGUACCCCCUAUCGAUCUAUCUCCCGAAAGCGGUAAUUAUGAAAGAUUGCUAACUCAAACAAAGGCACAAUACGGCUACCCUCCCCAGGCGAACCACCAGUUCGACCAGUUCGGCCGACCUAUCUACUACAACCAGAUGGGAUACAUGCCCUCUCCUGGAGCCCCCCCGGCAUUCCAGCCUGGCUACGCUCCACCCACCUACCACCAACCUGCGCCGACUGCUAUGUCUCGCACUUCCUCUCACUCUGAGCGGCCUUCCUCCAGCACUGGCCAGCCGAGCCAGCCUGUCGUUGUGUCUGGUACCCCCCAACCCCAGAUCGCUCAAGUCAAGACCCCAGUUGUCGCGUCAUCUGGCAACUUCGUUCGCCCUAAGAAGAGUGCUGCUAUCGUUAUCAAGAACGCUGCCGGCGAAGCUGUCGACUUCAAGAAGAGCAUCAAGACUCCGUCGUCGCCUGCCCCUCCUAUUAUCCAGCAGUCCAAGACUCCCCCCAUCGUGACCUCUACCCCUACUCCCCCUCCUAAGUCGGUCACGCCAUCCCACACUCGCACCGACAGCCAGGCCACUCCCAAGACUCGCCAAGAAAUACAGGACGAGCUAAGAGCGAAGAUCCAGCAGGCCAAGGGUGGUGAAGACAAAGCGAAGGAAGAGGCCGACGCUAAGGCCAAGGCCGCCGACGAAGAGAAGAAGGCUGCCGAGGCAAAGGAAGAAGCUCGCAAGGCCGAGGAAAAGGCAAAGGAAGAGGCUCGCAAGGCUGAAGAAGAAGCCGAAGCGAAGCGCAAGGCUGACGAGGAAGAGAAGGCGAAGGCAGCCGCCGCUGAAGAAGAGAAGAACGCCGCUGAGGCCAAGGCCAAGGCGGAGGCCGAGAAGGCUGCUGAGAAGGCUGCUGAGAAGGCUGCUGUCGCUCCCGUCGACGAGGAAGACGAGAUGGAGCGAAUGAUCCGCGAGAUGGAGGAGGAAGAUGCCCGUCGCGAAAAGGAGGCCGCUGAAUACGCCGCCAAGAAGCAAGCCGAGAAGGAGGCUCAGAAGAAGCUCGACGAGGCAAACAAGUCCACCAACGCUGCCGAAGCAGACCGCAAGCUCCGUGAGGCUGAGCGCGAAAUGGAGCGUCUCGAGGAGGAGAAGGAGAGAAAGCGUGCACAGGGCGGAAACACCCCUUCGGUCGCCGAGCUGCUCGCCGGGAAGACUGGCGACAGCGAGCCUUCGAAGGUGGGCGAUGUUGCCGACAAGCUUUCCAACCUCAGCAUUGGUGACUCCAAGGCCUCGACUCCCACCGAGGCUUCCGCGCCCAAGGCUACUCCGACCGAGAAGCGCGGCCCCAAGCCGUCCCCUCUCAACCUGGCUCCUCUCAACACCAAGCCUGUCGAGCCGCCCCAGCCCAGUGCUGCUCUUCAGUCCUUGAAGUCUGCCCGCUUCUUGACUGUCAUGAACCAAGACCUCUACCCUGCCGGCAUCAGCUCUCCCAACCCGGCCUUGAACGCCGCGGUCGCCAAGAAGGGCAAGACAUUCAAGUAUGACGCUCAGUUCUUGCUCCAGUUCCAGAAGGUCUUCACGGAGCAGCCUUCCACAGAGUUCCACCAGCAGGUCAAGUCGCUCAUUGGCGACAACGAUGGUGGUCGUUCUGCGUCUACUCCUCGUGCUGGUUCUGGUCGUGGUGGCUCCCAACGCGGCGCCGCUCCACCUCAAGUUGGCGCCAUGGGCAGCUUCCGUGGCCCCUCUAACAACGUCCGAGGCACGACUUCUGCUGAACGGUUUGCCAUGGCAAAUGCAGCUAUGGGCUCAGGAGGUGGCCCCGUUGGCAAUAUGGGCACUUUCCGCCAGUUCCCUGGCCCUCAGAUGGCGAAUCGCACACCGUCCUCCUCCAACAUGGGACCUAACUCUCCCAGAACCCGUUCCGCCAGAGGUGGUGGCAGCAGGCGCAACGACUACAAUGCCAAGGAUGCGCAGGCGGCCAAGACCAUGCCUCUCACGGCUGGUAUGGAGCUCAAGCCCAUCACCGUCUCAGCUUCAGGCUGGAAGCCGACCAGCGUCGGCAAAGGCCCUUCAGUUUCAGGCCCUACUCCUGGCGGCGAUCACCUGGAUCCCCAGAUGGUUCAGCGCAAGGUCAAGGCUGCUCUCAACAAGAUGACUCCGGAGAAGUUCGACAAGAUUGCCGACCAGAUUCUGGCCAUCGCUGGCCAGUCCAAGGACGAGUCUGACGGCCGCACUCUCCGCCAGGUCAUUCAGCUUACUUUCGAGAAGGCCACCGACGAGGCUCACUGGGCUUCAAUGUACGCCAAGUUCUGCAAGCGUAUGCUUGAUACGAUGAGCCCUGAGAUCCGCGAUGAGAACAUCAAGGACAAGAACGGUGUCGUUGUCAGCGGCGGUGCCUUAUUCCGCAAGUACCUCCUCAACCGUUGCCAGGAGGAAUUCGAGCGCGGCUGGAAGGUCAACCUGCCUACCAAGCCCGAGGAAGCAGACGAGGGCAAGCCCCAGUCAAACGAGGCUGCCAUGCUUUCCGACGAAUACUAUAUUGCUGCUGCCGCCAAGCGUCGUGGUCUUGGCCUCGUCCAGUUCAUUGGUGAGCUGUACAAGCUUGGCAUGCUGACGGAGCGCAUUAUGCACGAGUGUGUUCGCAAGCUUGUUGACUACGAGGGUAUCCCCGACGAGGCUGAGAUAGAGUCACUCUCCAAGUUGUUGAGAACCAUUGGUAACAACCUCGACGCUUCUGAGAAGGGUAAGGCCUUGAUGAAUGUCUACUUCGACCGCAUUCAGCACAUGAUGGAUAUGCCCGAGCUUCCCAGCAGACUGAAGUUUAUGCUUUUGGAUGUCCUCGAUCUUCGCAAGGCCGGCUGGGCCUCCAAGGAGGCAAACAAGGGCCCUAAGACUCUUGAUGAGAUUCGCGCAGAGGCUGAAGCAGCUGCUGCCCAGAAGGCAAUGGAGAACCAGCGCGGCGGCAGCCAACGCGGUCCCGGUGGCCGUCCCAAUGUUGGCCGUGGCGAUUCUCGCAACUUCUCCUCUGGCUAUAUGCAGGCCCAGUCCAACCAGGUUGGCAUGGACGACUUGCGCCGCCUGAAGGGCUCGACCAGUAGAGCUGCCAGUGGCAACAUCUCGCUCGGCCCUACCUCCAUGUUCAGCUCGCGCAGCAACAGUGGACGCAGACUGGGGCCUGGCGGCUCCCUCGGCCGACCUGGUGAGGACUCUGGUGCUUCAUCCCGCACCGGAACUCCCCCUACCACCCAACAUCAAAACGCCUUCAGUGCACUCGCCAACUUGGACAGCGAAACCCCGGCCUCUCCUCCUUCGACUGCUGCCUCUCCUGCACUGUCCAAGGCUGUUCCCGACAGCACCGCUGCUGAGAGCAAAUGA